AUGGCUCGACUGACUGCGACCCUACUGUUGACAGCCUUGGCAUCCGCUGAAUACACGACAACAGUAUGGAUGAACAAAGUUGGCAACUUCGACAAGUACGGCUAUGUCGCGUCCGUUGUAGACGCCGAUGCACAACACAUAACAAUGGUGCUGGACUAUGACAACCGAACCAACAAGAGCGCCCUCAACAUAGGUAGCAGCGCCAGGAACCUCACAGUUGGCCCAUCCUCAUUCAUAGUCAACCAACGGAUAACGCAAUUUCUCCCCUAA